AUGGAACAUCUUAUUGCAUGUGGGCAGGAUAAGAUGUGCAUUGACUUGACGCGUUAUGGUUUUUCUAAAACCUUUUUCCCCCUCCGUAUCGCACCACCUACAAAUCCAAAUGAUCGCAUCAUGUGUAUUGGAUGGCUUUCAAAAUCGAGUCAUUUUGUGCAAGUUUACUUGAAAUCGGGAUGCCUCAUACCACAUAUGUCACAAGAAUGGGCGAUUCAUCAUACCGAAGAUGAGGAGACAUGGCCGGAUCUUUUUGUUGAUAGGAUGCACGAAUUCAAAAGAUUGAACAUAAACGAAAAGGAAUCAAAUACGAAAAAGUCAAAAUUAGAACCACCAAUAGAUUUAGCUGACGACUAUUAUUUUGAUGUGUUUUGUAGUUUCAAAGUGUAA